GGCACCCGGGAGCCGACCCUGGGGGGGGCCCUGCUGCUGCUGCCGCUGAUGCUGCCGGCGGCGUGUGGGGCGGGCGGCGGGUGCGGGGGGGAAGGCGGGCGGCUGGAGCCCUUCGAUGCGCUGUACGCCAGCGGCGUGGAGGCCUAUUACGGCGGAGACUUCGCGGGGGCUGCGCGGUGCCUGGAGCGGGCUCUGCGGAGCCGGCGGGAGCUGCGGGCCGCCCGCUUGCGGUGCCGUCGGCGCUGCGCGGCAGGUGCGGUUGGCGGCGGUGGGCCGGAGCCGGGCGGUGAUCCUGACCUUCUUCGGUUCGGUGCUGCGGCGGGCCGGCUGCGUGAGGAGCUGCGAGGAACCGCGCCUGGGAGCCGCUUCUCGCCACCGCGCCUCCGAGGAGGUGCGCGCCGAUUUUCAGCGCAGGGUGCCCUACAGCUACCUGCAGCGAGCCUACAUCCAGCUGAACAAGUUGGAGGAGGCAGCAAAUGCAGCCCACACCUUCUUCAUGGCAAAUCCUGAGCACAUGGAGAUACAGCAGGACAUUGAGAACUACAAGACCACAGCAGGGAAGGUCAGCUUGAUAGAUCGGGAGGCCAGGCAGCACAUGGAAGACUACAGUGCUGGAGUAAAGCACUAUGACAAAGAGGAGUAUGAGCUGGCCAUUGACUUCUUGGAGCGUGCAUUGAAAGGGUACUACUCAGAGGAUGAAGAUUGCCAGGUCAUGUGUGAGGGACCACAGAAAUUUGAGGAGCACGAGUACCUGGAAUAUAAGGCUGGCCUCUAUGAAGCUAUUGCAGAUCACUACAUGCAAGUCCUGGCUUGCAAACACGACUGUGUCCGAGAACUCGCCACACGUUCAGGCCGGAUCUCACCCAUUGAAAAUUUCCUUCCCCUCCAUUAUGACUAUUUGCAGUUUGCCUAUUACAGAGUUGGUGACUAUGUAAAAGCCCUGGAGUGUGCCAAGUCCUACCUCCUCUUCCACCCAGAUGAUGAAGAUGUCUUGGAGAAUGCAGGUUAUUAUGAGGGCCUCUUGGAAGCUACAAUGGACCCAGACACCAUCAAACCCAGAAAGGAAGUAAAAAUGCUGCUGCGGCGCCACAAGUUGGAGUCUCACCUCUUGCAGGUGGCUGCAGCUGGACUUGGAUACAGCUACACUGAGCCGAACUACUGGAACCGGUACGGUGCCCGCCAGGAUGAGCACAGUAUCCCAUCAAGUAUUAGCAGUGAACCAGAGGAAGGGCCCCGGCUGUCCCUGGCAAAGAAACCCCUGCCAAAACCAGACCGAGAGUUGAAGGAGGGGGGGCCACUUCUCUACAGCGAUGUGAAGUUUGUCUACAACUCACAGCAGCUGAACGGCACCCAGCGAGUGCUCCUGGAUAAUGUCAUCUCAGAGGAGCAGUGCCGAGAGCUUCACAGGGUGGCCAGUGGGAUCAUGUUGGCUGGAGAUGGUUACAGGGGCAAAACCUCCCCCCACACCCCAAACGAGAGAUUUGAAGGAGCCACUGUCCUCAAAGCCCUCAAGUAUGGCUACGAGGGCCGUGUCCCACUGAAGAGUGCUCGGCUCUUCUACGAUAUCAGUGAGAAGGCUCGCAGGAUUGUUGAGUCCUACUUCAUGCUCAACUCCACGCUCUACUUCUCCUACACCCACCUGGUGUGCCGCACUGCCCUCUCCGGCCAGCAGGAGAGGAGGAAUGACCUGAGCCACCCCAUCCAUGCUGACAACUGCCUCUUGGACCCUGAGGCCAAUGAGUGCUGGAAGGAGCCUCCUGCUUACACCUUUCGGGAUUACAGUGCCCUCUUGUACAUGAACGCAGAUUUUGAAGGAGGCGAGUUCAUCUUCACAGAGAUGGAUGCCAAAACUGUGACGGCCUCUAUCAAGCCCAAGUGCGGGCGAAUGAUCAGCUUCUCAUCAGGCGGCGAGAACCCCCAUGGGGUGAAGGCAGUGACCAAAGGCCAGCGCUGUGCUGUGGCUCUCUGGUUCACCUUGGACCCUCUUUACAGAGAGCUGGAGCGCAUCCAGGCAGAUGAAGUGAUCGCAAUGUUGGACCAGGAGCAUCUAGGACCCAGUGAAAUGAACAUCAACCCGAAGGAUGAGCUAUGAACUAGGCCAAAGACUUUUUCUAUUAAAUAUUUAUUUAAUAUUGUUAAUCUUAUUAGAACCCUUCUAUUUUUGUACAAAGCUGCUGUAUAAAUUAACAGGUUAAUAUGAUUGUGGAGUUUCAGGAGUGCCUCUUCUGUGUUUAGCACAGCUCUUGCUGGGACCCCUCAUCUCUGUGCCAGCACCUCCUGUUGCAAUUGACUCCUCCUCUGGGAUUCCCUGUCCUUCCCUAGCACUUCUCAGGGCUUAUUCAGGCUUCCUAUACCCCCUUGGACAACCAUUUUUUUUUUCUUCGUCAGCCAGAAAUAGUUGCUUAUCUUUAGCCUCUGCUAAAAUGUCUCAGGUGUGAUAACAGACCAGUCUUCUUACCCUUACUAAGUGCUGACGGAAGACCCAGGCAUUGCUACUGCGAGUGAAACUGGAAGACAAGUCAGUUAUUUCCAUCUCAGAGCUUUUCAGAAUUUGAAAUAUGUUCUUUAGGGAAAAAAAAAAGCACAAAACCCAGGCCCUAGCAAUAUGCAUAUCUCUCUGUAGCCAUGCAAGGCUGGUGGUUGGGCACUAAUUAUGAGCAGAGCUUCCAGAAUUCCCCCAGUGUUCAUGGCCAUGAGCUGCGCACAAGCAAGAAGGGUUUUGAUUUGCAGCUGACUGCUGAAAUAGCAUCUGUCACUCAUGGUCUUGCUAAUGGUCUGGGAUGCAUGAAAGAAACUGCUUCACACCACAUCC